CCGCUUGAUUGACACCUUAUAGCUCCAACUCUCGUUUGACCUGACGGCGCUCGCAGCCACCGCCACGCUUGGGUCGUCCGCCCUGGCAGCUCUAAUCCCGCCGCCGUCGACCCCGUACGACAUGGUCCCCGUCUCAGCGCUCGCCCCUCUCCCGCGCGCGUCGAGCACGUGGCACGCUGCGCGCCGCGUCAGUGGCAACCUGCUGCAGCUGGUCGCCGACACGCUGCUCAUGGGGCACACCAAGACGCUGCACAUCGUCGAGGCCAAGAAAAAGUUGUACCAGGCAAGGGCAGGCGGUAUGACUUCACCAGAGUCAACUCCACCCUUGGCCACGGGAUCGCGUGGACUGGCGUAUGGUGGAAACGAGUUCAACUCGUCCAGCUUGCCAAACUACAUUAUCGUACACAACGAGCCGAAUAUGGAAACACAAGCUAACUCGAACUACAUGGACUCUGCGGACGGCUGGAUGAAGUGCAUCGCACCAUACCACGACAUGGGCGUCAAGGUCGACAGACCACAGCUCGUCUGAGGCACGGUGUAGUUGGCCAACUUCCUUAAGGAUAUUAAGAGCCGUGCGCGCGAGAUCGACUUUGUCGCGCACGCACUGGUACGGUUCGCUGGACAAGCUAGACCAAUUCGAGAGCCACGUCGAGGCCCUCCGGGGGGGG